AUGAUGCAAAAGUUCGUGGUGAAGAAAGUUUCAAGAUCAACAAACAUUACGAUAUCAUCCGACACAGAUGACCAGAAUCUGCUUCAAUGUAGCGAUGAUAAACGUUAUUUGUCCGAUUCAGAAGACCUUGAGAUAUCGAGCGUAAAAAUGUGUGGAUAUUUGAAAAAGAAACGCAAUCGUGUUGGCGGUUGGACAAAACUCUACUUUGUUCUUCAAAAUAGUUUAUUGAUGUCCUACAACUCGAAAGAAGAAUACGAGAAGAAACUUGUGUCAUUUAAAAAUGUGAUUUGUUUAAUUCCUGGAAAUACUGUUUUAAUUCCAUCAUUAGAACCAAGAUUUACCAUUGCUUCUAAUUUGAAUACGUUUUAUACUUUUCGAUGCGAUGAUAAUAGGACUUGCUCAAAAUGGAUAACAGCUAUUCUUGAAUGUCUCUCACGUGAUAUUGACUUGGAGACAAGCGCAAAAAAGCCAUUAACAUCUGUGAAAAGCUUUCGUUCUCAGCAAAAUUUAAGUAAGAGUCCAAUAACAAUUUCACAAAACAAUCAAAGCUGGGAGAAUUUACCACGUACCAAAUGUAUCGCAAAUCACAAUGGUCGAAUUCUUUUAGAGCUCAAUUAUAUGAAUUGUAACCGAGCAAAGCUUCCAAUCGCUGCAAAAACUGCCAAAAUAUUACAGAAAUGUUCAGACAAUGACGUCAUAACAACGACGAAAAAAGUCAAUUUUAUUCAACAACAACAUGAUGAAAAUAAAAAUUUUUUACGCAGUGUUGAUCAUAAUGAACCCAGAAAAGCAUUCGACGACGAGAACGGUGAUCAAUUUCGAUUGCAUAAUGCAGAAGAAUCAAAAAAGCGGCAGUCGAAAGAAGUAGAUCAAAUAAGCAAGAUGUUCACGCGGAAAAGUGAAAGCCAACGCCCGGAAAAUUUGACACACUCUAACGGAAAUGACUACAGUGAAAUUGGAAUUGAAGUACAAAUGCAAACUAUGAACUUUGGAUAUGAAACUGGAGAUUACUCUUCAAUUUACAACAAUGGAAACUAUCAAAGUGUCGACUCAACGAAACUCAAUAAUAAGCUGAGUAUUGAAAAUAUUAACGAUGAGACUUAUGCUGAGAUUAGAAGCAUUGAUAAUUUAAAGAAUCAGCUGACUGAAAUCAGUAUGAAAGAGAAGGAAUGUUUAGCGUCAAGAAGCUCAGAUGAUUCUGGUGUUGUGAUUCCAGUGUAUGCUUCAGUUGAUCUCAAGAAAAAGAAAGAAGCACGUCGUGAAAAAUCUUUAGUGAAGAAAGGUGAUGAUGAAGAGAAGAUUGACGAAUGUAAUCUUGACAAUGUUAUUUAUGAAGAUGUGGGCUUAGAAACAACAGCUGUUAAAAAGCAAGAGAAUAAUAUUUAUGAAUUGAUUGAUCUUCCAUUACGAUCAUCAAAGAAAACUCGAAGUCUUGUUUGGAAAAACUGGUCGAGAAUACAUCUUUUCGAUUUCACAAAGAGAUAUAAAGAUUCAGAUAAUUCAUCAAAGUCCCCAAGCCCCGACACAAUUAGCAAGAGACAAAAAACAUCACUGACAUUAUCUGAGUUCAGUAAACGAUUUAAUUAUCGUUCGAUGAGAAAUAAAGCAAGAAAAAUGUGUACCAGAAGUAACUCGACAUUCGUCACAACAAACUCUAACGCAGAUGUCAAAGUUUCAACUUCAUCUGACACCAGAAAUCAAACGAAUUUAGAAAAAACCUGA